CAUUUUAACAAAGGAGUUUGACCACCCUGCUCACACCCGCGAUACCUUGCGUUCGUCGAAGAAAAAAAUAACCGCCGUGUCUCUGCCGUUCCGAGUCCUUUCAAUGCAACUUGCGAAUUAUCUUGCGAGCGCGUCUGCGAACAACACCGGCGAAACUGCCCUCAUGUCUAAAAAAAUGCAUGUGCAAUGGAACGAUUUCGAUAAGCAACAAAUGGCGAAUAAUACAAACAACAAACCUUCAAACGUGGACGAAUACGACGUGGCAAAUCCCGACGUGACGAGUAAUAAUAAGUCGGUAAACAGCGAUUUAUACCAAGCGGUGUUUCCGAUCUAUCACAUCAGCAAACUGUCCGGCGUAUUUCCAACGAGAUUUGUCCGACAUGUAUCUGGCAGGUAUCAAGGCCGAUUGAGCACCAUCGAUAGCGUUUACAGUUUGUGCCUAUUGGCGUGCCUGAUAGGCACCGAGAUUUGGGGUUUUUGGCGCGAUCUCAGACAUGGAUGGGAAAACAGCACUCGGCUUAAGUCGCAGAACGCGGUAAUUGUCACCACAAGCGAUGUAUUGGGCGUGAUGAGUCUCACGGCUGCCUCCAUCAUCGGUUCGAUUCUGUACUGGCAACAGGUACAGACCGUCAUGGAUAAACUGGUUGAUUGCGACGAGAAGCUGGGAAUCCUCUCACCGAAAAAAUUGCAGCGGUACACCAUUUUGCUAACGUUGUGCAGCCUCUCCUAUUCCAUCAUUCUCUCAUGUCUCGAUAUCUACACAUGGAACCAUGAGGUGAAGUUAAAUAAGAAGCUGGACGAUAAGGGUCCGCUCAAUUAUCUCCCCCUGUACUUUAUGUACGUAGUCAUUAUUAUGAUGGAGGUUCAGUAUGCCAUCAUCGUGUACAACGUAGGCCAGCGGUUCUUCAGGGUCAACAAGAGCCUCGAGAACAUCCUCAAAAGUGGCAAAAUCACAAAUCAAUUCAGGAAGGAUCUUGGAUUAGCUGGCGACCUUCGAGAUCAGGGACAACUCAUAACGUACAUCCGACAAGAAAUGGUGGGAAAUACUAGAUUGUUUCGUAAAUCGAAGAUCAUAGAUUCCACCGUCGCAAAUGAUGGCAAAAGUUUUACGGACAGUAUAUCGCAAUUGAUGACAGUACACGCAUCACUGUGUGAUACGGUGUCGCUUAUAAAUACCGCUUAUGGCGUCGUUGUACUCGCAAUUACAAUUACCUGCUUAAUACAUCUAAUUAUCACACCGUAUUUUUUAAUAAUGGAAGCUGAUGGAAGACGCGAACCACUAUUCCUCGCGGUGCAAGGAUUGUGGUGCAUCUUCCACAUUUGGAGGCUACUCAUAAUAGUGCAGCCUACAUAUGCCACUACAAUGCAAGGGAAGAAGACAGCGGUCUUGCUUCUCCACCGCUCUUUGGAGUUUUCAGCAUGCGGACUUUUCACUCUGGAUCGUACUCUCGUGACUUCGAUUGCUGGCGCAGUCACAACGUAUCUCGUAAUACUCAUACAAUUCCAAAAAGAGGAUGAUACAAAGGGUAGUUUCGACAACAUAUUAAAGAAUGCCACGCAAAUGCUGAAAAACGCGACAACACUUCACAAUAUCACAGUGGGAAGGUUGGGCCUAUAAAUUAGACAAACUGUGCUUCUCUCUCUUCGUUCCUGUUUUUUAUGUUCUUGAAUCUAUAAUAAUAAAGCUUUUCAAAAUUUAGUACACGUCGCCCCCACAUAUUUAUUUGUAAAAUAUCCAUGAUCGAAAGGAUUAAGUCGAGACGAAUUGACCUUGCAAUGCACAAAGAUGCAGAUUUCAGAUGAGAUACCAUUAAAAAUGAUAAAAUCAAUAGAGCUCACAUGAAAUACACAACACAUUUAGUGCAAACCAAUUCCUUAACUAAGCAUAACAUUUACUAAUAUAAUGGCGUUUUUUUUUUCGUCAACAGAUAGAUCUAAUGAUAAAGGAGGGAUUGCGAUAUAGGAUAAAACAUGAGUUUUGGAUGCUUCCGAUCGAUAUCAGACGCGUGCGAUAAUGACAUUUAAUAUCCCAAUUCUCAUACAUACGGCAGCGAUAUAAGAAAUACGAAUUCAUUCGUUUCGCUCGACCACUAAUCUCGAUCGCUAAUUAACAAACGAUCGCUCUCGUAAUCAAAUUGACAAUUAAUUAGCACUUCGCUCCA